AUGGAACAAGGUUUGCGAUUAUGUUGGAGUUUACUUCCUACAUUAUUGACAUGGAUAAUAAAUUAUAUAAUUCGCCUAAUUCUGCUACCAAUGAUUUUGAUAUUUCUUCUUGGUCGUGCUGUGAGAUACUUCAACAAAAAGUCCGAACUGCGUAGUAAAUUAUUACGUAAAAGAGAAUUAAUAACUAAACGAAUGGAUCAUUUGAAAGAACAUCUUUCAACCACGAAAAAUACAUCAAAUUUUGAUUUGUUAUCAAUUACAGAUCUAAAUUUAGAUACGAUUCAAGAAUGCUUGAUUGAAGGCAAAUUUACACCAGUUGACUUGUUGCAUGCUUAUCAAAUGAAAGCCUUACAGUUAUAUGACUCAGGAAAUUCAGGAAUAUGUGAAUUUGUGGAUGAAGCAGAGCAGUUAGCUGUUGAACUUGUUAAAUCGAAUCGUUUGCCUACAAAUAAACAAACUUUGGUUGGUAUUCCUGUUAGUCUAAAGGAACUGAUUCCGGUCAAGGGAUAUGAUGUAACAUUUGGUUUGAUGAAACGAUGUGAUAAACCUUCAGAUGAAGACUGUUGCAUAGUGAAAGUACUUAGACAUGAAGGAGCAAUACCUUUUGUUCUGACAGCAACUUCACAAACAGCUCUAUCUAUGAGUGGAAUAAAUCCAGUGUUUGGUGAUAUGUUCAAUCCUCAUUCACAAGAACACGAACCAGGCGGGAGUUCUAGCGGUGAAGGUGUACUUGUAGGACUAAAUGGAUCACCAAUUGGAAUCGGGACAGAUUUAGGUGGAAGUAUACGAAUCCCUUCGGCGUUCUGUGGUCUUGCUGGCUUGAAACCAACAUCUAAUCGUCUAAGCGACAAAGGUGUGGCGGUAAUCGGUCAUAAAAAAUCACUGGUAUUAAGAGGAUGUCCUGGACCAAUGGGUAGACGAGUGGAUGAUCUAGCCAAAUUAAUGCGUACACUUCUAACAACAAAAAUGUUUCAGAUGGACCCAUCUGUGCCACCAUUACUGUUUAAUGAUAUGAUCUACGAGGGUGUAGAUAAGCCGAAACUGAAGAUCGGAUAUUAUGUAAAUCUGGAGGAUCCAUCAAUUAUGACUAGCGUUCCAUGUGUUCGUAGAAUAGUGAAUGAGUCGGUGGAUAUUUUAAGACAACGUGGUCAUAUACUGCUACCGUUUCAGCCACCUAAUAUAAAAUGGGCUUAUGAAUUAUGUAUGAAAGCAAUUAAUAUUGAUAUAAAAUAUUAUUUUAAAAAGAUCUUGUUUGCAGAACCACUAAAUGAACACACUAAAUCUCCUCAUCUUCUGGUCGGUACCCCACACUGGGUGAAAGUUCUUGUAGAUAAACUGGUGGAAAUCAUCUAUGAUAAACCAGCCGCAGGUGCACGUUUUUUGGAUGGUCCUAGAGGCGAAGCAGAAACAUUAAAUUUAAUCUCCGAUAUUGAAUUGUAUCGACAUGAAUUUCAGAGAGCUAUGGAAGAAGCUGGUAAUUUAGAUGCGAUCAUUUGUCCAGGUUUCCCUUUUCCAGCAUUUCCAAAAUCAGCUAAAUCUCUAUUUGUUUCACCAGCUCUUGCUUACACAGUUUUGUUUAAUAUGUUAAAUUAUCCAGCUGGAACAGUUCGAAUGGGAUAUGUUAAUAAGGUAGAUGUGGAAAACUCAAAAGUGAUGGCUGAAGAAUACAAGAAAGCUGGAAAUCGAUAUCUCAAUCAGGUAUUUAAGUAUCAGGAAACAAGUGAGGGCUUGCCGAUCGGUGUACAAGUUAUUAGUAAAUCAUGGCAAGAGGAGCGUGUACUGCGUAUUAUGAAAGAAUUAGAGACAUCAAGAACACUAACUGAAUAGUUGUAACUAAUAUUUUUAACCUACUUUCUUCGUUUGACUUUGCUGGACCAUAGUUUAUCACAAUGAUGUAAAACAUAUUUUAUCAUUGAGUCUACACAGAAGUAUAAAAUUUCAUUGUUAUAAAAACACAAAUUUUGGAAUCUACUUACCUGUUUCAUGAAAAUGUAAAAAAAGUGCAUGUUAUUCCACCGUUUUAUUAUCGUUCGUACAAUAUUUAAAAUAAUAUGCAAUCAAAACAGGAAUUUAUUAUUAACCAAUAUAAAACAGUUUAUUUACAAUUUUGAUUUUGUUUAAAUGAUAGUUAUUGUCAGUAGUUGCCACGAUGAAAAUUGUACUGUGUAUUUUUCAAUACACUAGCAUAACUUUAACCAGUAGUUGUCCUUGAACUUCAAUUGUAUCUCUCUCAAUAUCUUAUUAUUUAUCACAAUGCUUGUGUCACAUCUUGCUUUCCAUUGUUCAUAACAUUCCUGGAAUUUCUUCGAAACUAAACAUUUCAAUUGCAUCUCUCUGAUAAAUGACUGUUUCAAUUGUUUUACUGUUUAUGUAUGAUAUUCAAUCCAGUAAUUUUGAAAUGCAUGUUUUUUGACCCUAAUAAUUGUGUAUCAUUUGCAUGAAAUUGUCAUUUUAUUGAUUCCUGCUGAAACUAAAUCCUCAUAUAAGCAUAGAUUUUAUACUGAUGUUUGUUGUCUCGAU